CACUGAUAGGUGGCACUGAUAGGUGGCACUGAUUGGCAGCACUGAUAGGUGGCACUGAUUGGCAUUGAUAGGUGGCACUGAUGGGUGACACUGAAAGGCAGCUCAGAUGGGCACUGAUAUGUGGCAUUGAUGUGCACUGGUAGGCACUGAUAUGUGGCAGUGAUGGGCACUGGCAUGAGACACUGAUGAGCACUGACGUAAGGCACUGAUGGACACUGACAGGUGGCACUGCUGGGGCUACACUGAUCAUCAGGGCACACUGAUCAUCUGUGCCAUGAUGAUCACUGAUCACAUGAUCGAGCCGACAUCUUCGGCUCUUUCCGUGAUCAGUGAUCUGCUGUGUCCAAGGCUCCUCGAGUCGUGCAUGCGCAGUGAC